GAAAGAGAGAGCGCCGAGACGAAAUUGAAAUCGCGCUCGAACAGAGCCCGGUUAUUUCCGGCUUCGUCGAGUUCGCGAAAUUACGCGGAUGACAAAAAAGCCCGCUUCGGCGACGCGCGAGGGUCGCGAAAACGCGGCGGCGAUGAAGAAGCGCAUUCGGAGUUCUUCUUCACGGUUUCCCCCCCGUUGGCGAGAGGGGAGGAGGGGGGAGGGGACCGCGCUGCCUUAUUACGGAUAGUAAUUAUUCACGAGAACACGAGCGAAAGUUUCAGCGGCUUAUAUGCCGCAUGUGCGCGCGUUCGUUAGCGGCUCUCUGUCCUUGACGUUUUCCGAAAUGGCGAAACGAAACUGUUUCCGCCUUCGCGAUCGAUCCGCCCGCGGCUCGUUAUCGCGCAACGGGCUGUUUAUUGUUCCACCGGGUAUCGCGACGAACUUGCGUAAUUGCCUCGUAUGGUCCUCCCUGCCCGUCCCUCGUCGUAGCGCGACCGAGGGCAUCGAUCUCGCUCGCGAGGCUCUCCUCCGACCGACAGUUUCCAUCUCUCGCGUUUGCGCCGCGAAGUUGGCGGUUACGCGUCGCGCUUCACGACACGCGUUGCGCGCUGGAUGAUGAAGAAUGUUGUGUGAAUGUAUCAUUACGAAUAAUUAAAUGCAAUCAUCUAAUUAUGAGGGGGUAAUUUCGCAGGAUUAGGCAAAUGGAGGGUGGAUAACCACGGUCGAGAAGAAUUCCGGUGUAAUGUUCCAACGCAUAAAUUAACACGUAUAAUGCGCGCGAGACACUGAAUAAUUCAAUUCGGACACGGAUGUAGCGUCACGGACUAAGCUUGAUCAUCAUCUGACUGUAAUCGAAGGUACAAUUCCCGAUGCACAAUUUGUAGGCAAAUCGCAGCUCGCGAAACUCUCUCGCGGAACUACCGCGAUCGCGUUAACAAUAAGAAGAUUUGUGGAAAGGCGCAGGAAUUCAUCCCCGAGGAAGGCGAUCCCCAAAGGCGCGCGGAGCAUCCUCGAGAUGCAUGCUUCUGUGAGCGCUCGUUCGUGGGAGAUAUGUGUGUGUGUGUGUGUGUGUUUAUGUAUGUAGUGCGUUUACGAUCGAUUCCAAUCUCCCGGGAAGUUUGUUGCGGCGCGUCUCGCGCGACUCGUAUCAAAGCCGCCCUCCGUCGCGAAUGUUUCACGUAACAAUUGUUCUCGUGACGGAUGAACACUGAAGCUCGCGCGUGGCUCGCUCGCCAUUGAAAAAUUGGCCCCGCGACAAUUCCCCCCGUCGAGCCGCCCCGCCGUCUCUCGUCAAGCGUCAUCACCGGGAUUUUACAAUGGCCACGGCGCGGAGCCCGGCUGCCGGCUCGCCGAUCAAACGGAAUUCUUUCGCUGUUUUCGCUCGCGGAAACCGAACGCGCCUCGCGCUCUCGUCCGACGCGAUUAACGAACCUGCUCGACAUUGUUUCCGACUCGCGGCCUUUCCGCCGCCCCUCGCGACGCGGCGAGUACACGUGUCGCCGGCGCGAUAUGGACGCGGAUGAUGUCAUUUGCACUGCCGGAAUCGCGUAUCUCCCGCGGGUCGAGCACGAGCGCGUGAUCGAAAAGGCCGGGUCUCUAAAAAGGAAAAAAAAAAACGUCAUCCUGCGCGCAAUUGGGCUCAAAUCAGCGGGCGGAAACCCUACCAUAUCCUUGUCGAGUCUUCUUUGCUCUCGUCUACAUAAAACGUAUGGACGGAUAAAAUCGCAUACAGAGUGGAGAGUCAGAUUGUACAGAUAAUCCAUCCCGAUAAAAUUCCAACUCGUCCUUGUCCAGAGGACACAAAUGUGUGUGUCAUUCUCAGCUGCACCUUAGGUGGAAAAAAAGAAAGUAAAAGUGUCGUCUUUACUGAAACAGCAUUUGGAACUUGUUUGAGAAUUCUUGUGUUUCAUCUCAUUUCUGUCCAGCUAAUUCUCAAAUCGUCCGAGCACACAACGCUGCCGCUGUCGUAAUGACAGGCUGCGGCGAGUGACAUUCAGGACAUUCGCAUAUUAAUCUAGCAGGGGCCCAUGAGCGUUGUGGAGGAAACGAUACGGCGCAGCGCGUCGAGGCGCAGCGGACAUGGGCCGCGCGGCGGCGGCGGCAGCGGCGGCGGCGGCGGCGGCGGCGGCUCGGCCGGUGCCGAUUGGCCCGCGGCGGCCUCGCGGGGUCCAGCCCAGCCGAUCCCCACCGUUGCGUCCAGCAGCUCGCCAGCCUCUGCCAGGCCCCAGGAUAUCGCGGGCCCGACCAGGCGGCAGUCCUCGCGCGACGGCAGCGUCGACUCGGCCGGCCAGCACACCCCACCUGACCACGCGGACCUCCUCUUCAAGGUGAUGUUGCUCGGAGAUAGCGGCGUUGGGAAAACCUGCCUGCUGACGCGUUUCCGCGACGGUCGCUUCCUGGCGGGCAACUACAUAACGACCGUCGGCAUCGACUUCAGGAACAAGGUCGUCACCGUGGACGAGACGCCGAUCAAGCUGCAGAUAUGGGACACAGCGGGCCAGGAGAGGUUCCGGAGUGUCACGCACGCUUACUACCGAGACGCUCACGCGCUUCUGUUGCUGUACGACGUGACGAAUAAGACGAGUUACGACAACAUCAGGGCUUGGCUGAGCGAAAUCCGGGAACACGCGAACGAGGAUGUCGUCAUCAUGCUGCUGGGUAACAAGUCCGACUGCGGGACCGAGCGCAUCGUCAAGAGGGAAGACGGCGAGCGAUUAGCGAGGGAGUACAAAGUGCCGUUCAUGGAAACGUCCGCCAAGACGGGCCUCAAUGUCGAGCUGGCGUUCCUCGCUGUUGCACGGGAGCUGAAGGCCAGAAAAAGCGACGACCCCGACGAGACGAAAUUCAACGUUCAAGACUACGUGCGUCAGCAGUCGCAGCGGAGCUCCUGCUUCAGUUCCAAUUGCCUGACAACCUGAACCGUUUCUUCUCGCGAUCUCGAGUCCGGGGAAAAACGCGAAUGCACUUCACGAGCAUCCGAGCCCCCGCGAAGAGAAAGCGCGCGUGCCAGGAUUUCCGUUUCGAUUUCCUCGCUGGGACCGCGUCGGUGUGUACACACCCGUAGCGCGGGCCACGAUAUAAAUUUUAUACGCGAUCCUUGUGCUGUUAAAACUUGUACAAUUCGUGUUCAAGAUCGAUCCAGUCCACGCGGGUUCGGUGAAUCGGCAUCGCGCACCGAAUGGCGCAGCGGAUAGCGUCUCAAGCAAAACGUCGCCGCGAGCAUUGUGUUGUCAAGCGACACGGGAUGUCGUAAUCGCGCGCUGAGAAAGGGAGAGGGGGGGGGGAGGAAGCGUAAAACGCGAGACCGAUCGGGCUUGGAGACGUUUUUGAGGAUUUUUACGUGGCGCGCGCAGUCACGCGGAGUUGUCGAUAAUUAAAAAAAGAAAAAAACAGAGACGUGUCAACAAUGGUUAUACUCGCACACACACAUACUGUAUAUUAAUGUGAAUAGCUCCAGAGGAAUAAUAACAAUAAUAAUAGAAUCUCAGGAUACCUCCGUAGGUGAGCCUCUAGCUCGAUGGUUCUAAUCUUAAUGGCGUGUAUACGUACGUCACACAUAGCACGUAUGUCGCCGCGCACAUGUGUGCAUGUGUGUGUGUGUGUGUGUGCGUGUGUGUGUGUGUGUGUGUGUAUAUGUCUGUGUGUGUGUGCAUGUGUCGCGUAUGCGCGAUCAAACAAUUGUAAUUCGAGUGUAAGUUGCAAACACUGCUUGCCGUAUGGCCCGCACUAUGUAAUCGUUCGUUACGUUGCGCCUCGCGCCUUUAGUCGCCAUGUUUGCACAAAGGAACGUAAUCUUCGAUUUGCAUACAAUGCGCUUGUUACGAGUUAUAAACGCGCGCUCGCGAGCGAAUCUAAUGUCAGCGCGAGCGAGCUCGGCGAGCGUGCAUGUAUUGUGUAAUCAAGUAGUGAUGUAGCGUGUUCAAACGAGAGAGAGAGUGAGAGAGAGAGAGAGAGGAGGGGGCGGGGGUUCCUCCUUCAAAAGAGUUAAGAAACGACUCGCAGCUGCCAUCUAGCGGAGCGGCGGUCUGUGGGGCCCGGACGCUUGCUUCUGUCUUUUUUUCGUCCUUUCGUAGCCGGCGGAAAUACAUUUUCAUGGUUGUUAGCUAGGCGUGUAUGCGCGUGUUUUCCGAGCGAUAACCGAGCUAUCUGGCGGAACGGCCCGGUGCCGAUCCCGGCCGAGUUUAUUCAUCGUUAUCGAGUCAGAGUUCUAAGCGAAGUUGAGAACCGCCGUGUCGGGAAGAGUCAAUAAAGCUGGCACGCUGUUUAACGAAGCUCUAACCGCCGCACGUCACCGUGAGCGGUUGCACAAUCGCUCUAUUCGGAUUUUUCUCAAGCCUUCAUUUUGUGAGAGACGACCGACGCAGAGUCGCCCAUGCGCAAAUGUUAAUUUCACGGUAGAUGGAAUUGUCCGGAGCGAACGCCGGGGAUGCUUUUCUCGACAGGACGGACAAAUAUAUCCUAUAUGUAUAUACAUUAUGUAUAUAUAUAUACAGGGUGACUCACGUAAAGUGUUACAAGUCCAUAACUUUAAAAAUAUUUAUCAAAUCAAACAAUUGUUCGUAAGGAAGUUUCAUGUAUUCGAGAGGCCUCUCUAACUACACAAACGUAAAGUCGCCUCCGCUUCCCCUUUAAGGGGGACGCAACUUUGUGUCAAUGGAGUUCAAUCAUGAAUGAAAUCGCUAUAAAUGUUUAUAACUUUUGAUAGAAACAUUUUCCAAACAAAUGUUUCGGAUGAAAUUUAUUUAUUUUUUCCCGUAGAAUCCAAAUAUGUAACGUUUUGUAGGGUGUUCCAUUUAAAAUUAUGAAGUUACCUCCGUCUCCCCUUAAGGGGGAAGCAGGGGCAACUUUACGUUUAUGUAGUUAGAGAGGUUUCUCAAACACACGAAACUUCCUUAUGAACAACUUUUUGAUUUGAUAAACAUUUUUAAAGUUACGGACUUGUAACACUUUAUGUAGACCACCCUGCAUAUAUAUAUAUAUAUAUAUAAAUAAAUAAAUAAAUAAAUAAUAUAUAUAUAAUGUGCAAUUUGUCUUACCUGCAGUGUACAAACGACAAAUAAUUUCGUGUAUCAAACGUGUAUAUCACAGGACAUAUAUGGAAUAAAAAUCGACCAACUGUGUACGUUGAACAA